AAGAAGUCAACCGGAUGUGGAUAUGCUCGUUAGCUAAGCUAAUUCCUGGGACAGCCCGUAGCACGUCGCCCACUGUUAGUUGCAGUCAACCCUCCUCCCUUGGUGCUGCUCACUGAACUAACAGACGCAAUCGUCAAACCGGACUGAAAAUGCUGUCCUACAUCAUUGGCCUGAUCCGAGGCGGCUUCGACAGCAUCAUCAACCUCAUCUUCAGGCUCCUGUUCUCAAAGAGGAGAGCUGCCAUCACACUAGAGGACCCCAACAUCAAGUACGCACUGCGGCUCAUAGACAAAGAGAUCGUCAGCCAUGACACCAGGAGGUUCCGCUUUGCUCUGCCUUCACCCGAACACGUCCUGGGACUCCCCAUCGGUCAACACAUCUAUCUGUCUGCAAAGAUCGAUGGGAAGCUUGUCGUGCGCCCGUACACGCCGGUGUCCAGCGACGACGACAAAGGCUACGUGGAUCUGGUGGUGAAGGUUUACUUUAAAGACGUCAACCCUAAAUUCCCGGAGGGUGGGAAGAUGAGUCAGUUCUUGGAGAGCCUCAGGAUCGAUGACACCAUCGACUUCAGAGGCCCGAGCGGCCUCCUGGUUUACAAGGGCAAAGGUGUUUUUGCCAUCCAGCCCGAUAAGAAGUCUCCAGCUGUGACGAAGACGGCCAAACACGUGGGAAUGAUCGCUGGAGGAACCGGAAUCACUCCCAUGCUGCAGCUCAUCACAGCGGUGGUGAAGGAUCCUCAGGACCAGACCGUGUGUUACCUGCUGUUCGCCAACCAGACUGAGAAGGACAUCCUGCUGAGACCAGAGCUGGAGGAGAUUCAGGCGAACCACCCGGACCGCUUCAAGCUGUGGUUCACCGUCGACAGAGCACCUGAAGACUGGGAGUACAGCCAGGGCUUCAUCAAUGAGAGCAUGGUCAGAGAUCACCUGCCGCCUCCCAGCGACGACACCCUCAUCCUGAUGUGCGGCCCUCCGCCAAUGAUCCAGUUCGCCUGCAACCCCAACCUGGACAAAGUGGGCCACUCGGAGAGCCGCCGGUUCACCUUCUAGACGUCCGUCCACGCAGAGGAGGAAGAGGAUAUGUCCAGGUUUGGAUAUUUAAGGGCGUCCAGUUAUUUUUGUCUCAGCCCUGGAAGCUUUAAAGCACUCGUACAGCUGCAGUGGAUAUUGCACUACGUAUACUAUAUUAAAAAAAAAGAUAUAUAUAUAUAUGCCGUGAUAUUUAUCAUGCAAAACAAUCGCAGCAAGGACCAACUCGUGUAGAUCAGGUGGAAGGACGUGGAGUCGCGUUUUAAGAACCUGCUGUGGCCUCAUGUUUCAGAGGACGUUGAUGUUUACUGGUUGAUUUCGGAGUGCCUUAACACCUGCAAACACCGCUUUGUUUUUUUUGUCUUUUAAUGCACCACUCGCUUCCAUCACAACGUGCUAACGUUCACAGAUCAAAGCUGGCUCAGAGUGAAACUCGUUACGUCAAAGAUGUUGAUAUUUUGCUAGAAAAACGUGGUGUUACUGACGUCUUUGCUGUAAAGUCAGGCCGCUUGUGUUUUAUAUGCAACAUAAAGACAACAACAACUGCUCUUCUGUUA